AUGGUAAUCGGCACAGAAGAUGAUCCAGCACAGACCCUAUAUACACCAAGUUCCUCUUUCUCUGCCUCAAGUACCUCCAGUUCUGUCUUUUCUUGGACACUCUGGCCAGAAGCCAAGGUAGUGCCGUCAUCAGGGGAUUUACUAGAGAUAUGGUCAGCAGAGGGAAUGGUGUCAGCGCUACCUUCCUCAAAAUCAUCAACCUCAGAGGUUCUAGAAGCCUCUGUCUGGGGAGCUGAAUCUUUCGACCCUUUUUUCUUUUGUCGCCCAGGGAUUAGGUCGAUCUUCCUGGGCCCUACGCGUUUAAAUCCUUCCUUCCGGCCUCUUCCUUCUUGUGCUUUUUCCAGAAAAACCCCUCAAUUUAUAAAGGCCACAGAGGGAAGAUGCAAUAUAAGCAAGCCAGGAAUUUUUGAUUUCCAAGGAAAGCAGAAAUGGGAAGCAUGGAAGAAGUUGGGAGAUAUGUCAAAGAAAGCAGCCAUGUUUCAAUACAUCACUUACCUCGGAAACAUAGAGCCUGAGUGGCAAGAAAAGAUAAAUAAGAUUGACUGCAGUGAUGGAGGUGGUGACUCUGUGGGCAGAUGCUGGGUGUCUGUCAGUACUAUGUCUAACACUGACACAGAGAUAGCAGAUGAAAAUAAAACUCUGUUUGACUGGUGUAAGGAUGGAAAUACACUACAAGUUGAGAAUAUCCUGUCAGGUUGUGAUGGUAAUGAAGUUAACAUCACAGAUGAAUCAGGAAUGACCCUUCUCCACUGGGCGUGUGACCGUGGUUUAUCAGAGAUGGUGGAAGUCCUAAUUAAACUAAAAGCCGAUAUUAAUGCACAGGACCUUGAGCAGCAGACACCACUUCAUUUUGCUGUGUGUUGUGAGCAGAAAGAAGUUGUACGACAGUUGUUACACAAUGGAGCCAGUUUGUCCCUAAAAGACUGUGAUGGCUUAAAUCCUGCAGAACUAGACACAUCUAUAGAAAUAAAAGAGUUAUUUGAAAAAUACAUCUGAUCAUGGAUGGAUGAUUUCUUAAACAUUCCUUGGUUCAAUAUCAGCGGUCCUAUUUGUUUCUGUGUUGGAACAUCAUUGAGUGAAAUUGAAAUACAAAAAGAAAGAUGUGAUGGAUAGAUUUGACAGAAAAACAAAUAUGAUAGCCUCUUUUACAAUAAUAUAAUUCUCCUAAUGCGUCUUUUUAACAUUAAUAUCAUAUUAUCACUGUGCUUGUUGUAAUAACUGUUCAUUGGUAAAAAAGACUGAUUUCAGCAUACUUCUGUGUCUCUUUUAUGUCAACAGAAAUUUUGGAUUGGAGGCAUUCCCAUCAAAAACCUUCUCUUUAUGACAAUAUGCAGUACACAUAUUGUAUAGAUGUGAAAGAUCUAUACAAGCACAUUAGAUAAGAGUGUAAUUAGCAUCAUUUAUAGUCACAUAGUUUAUUUUAAGUUUAUGGGCAUUAUUUAUACAUUACCGUCGAUUUCAUUAUGAAAGAAAAAAACACUUGUGUGACACAAACUGCAUAUUUUUCUUAUCAUCAUACUUUCGGACAAUACAUGAUUUUAAACAGAAAAAAAGUUUGGUGAAAAUCAAUAUCAAAAUGGAUCUCAGAGCAGUGCAGACAGGACUUAGAAUUUCAUAUUUGUGUGAACAGAUUCCUACAUUUAAGUACUUUUUAUGGGUCACAUCCAUUUCAAGUUGGUUUUACAGCAUACCAUGUUUGAUAUGUACCAGAAUAAGAAAGUGCAUUUAAAUGAUGUACAAAUAUUUUGAAAGGAUGAUUACAAAUUGUUAAUGAAGGUUUUGGUUGUGUGUGUUUAAAUAUAUUACACUAUUUUAUACUAUCUCUUAUCAUUUUAAUUCAUCACUGUGCCAGAUAAUUGGUUUGCUAAUUUAAAGUUGAAAUCGUCGGAUGUUGUGGGUGUUAUCUGAUUUACUGAGUGAAAUAUGGUUCAGAGAACAUGGAUUGAUUUUAGUCUGAUGUUUAAUAUGAAAUAAAUCUCAGAAGUGAAUAGAAAA